UGUGAGUUCUGUAACAAGACAUUUUCUCACAGUAAGAGUUUGGAUAUACAUCUGAAAAGGCACACAAAACCAUAUUCUUGUGAGUAUUGUAAAAAGACAUUUUCUGUUAGUUCCAGUUUGAAAACACAUUUGAGGAUACACACAAAUGAAAAACCAUAUUCUUGUGAGUAUUGUGAAAAGACAUUUUCUGUUAGUUCAAAUUUGAAAACACAUUUGAGGAUACACACGAAUGAAAAACCAUAUUCUUGUGAGUUUUGUAAAAAGACAUUUUCUGAUAGUUCAAGUUUGAGAACACAUUUGAGGAUACACACAAAUGUUUUGAUAGUUUCUCUCACCUGUUCUUGA